AUGGAAGUAAUAAUAGAAAUGUCAGGAUUAGAUUAAGAAGAAUCAUUUAAAACAAUUUUAGAUGAUAAUAUAGAGCUUAUAAAUAUUGGAGAAAUGAUUCAAGAAGCUGCAUAUUAUUAGUAUAUAUUUAUUAUUAAAUCUAGAGCUUUUAACUUAAGUGAACAAUUCUGUUUAUAAAUUAAGGAUACAAACAAAUUUAUUGGAGGAAGAUCUACAAUUAUCAAAAUAUGUUUAAAUUAAAAUUAAAUUAAUCCAUAAGUUCUAGUUUUUCAUAAAGGUCUAGAUGGAUAGAUGAAAAGUAAUUAUUAAUUUAAAUUCUAGUGAACAAAGGAGAAAUUAUUGAUAUAAAUUUCCAUCGUCAACCUUAGACUAUUAAUAAAGAAAUCCAUAAUGAACCUUAGAUACACCAAUAAGCUUAACCAAUUGUUGAAGAUAUUAUAAAAAAAUAAAAUAAUGAUUAAUAACCAAAAGGUAUUGUAAUUGGAGGAGAUAAUCUAACUCAAUCAUAGUACAUAAAAAAAUUAGAAGAAGAUUUAAAUAAAGCAAAUUAAGUCAAUAAUAUUGAUGAAUAUGAUUAAGUAGGAACAUCAAAUAAUCAUUUAAAUUAUCACUAAUCUCAAUAAAUUAGCUAUAUUGAAAAUUAUUAACAAUCCUAAUAACUUGAAAUAUAAUAGUCUUCAUCAUAAAUGGAAAUAAAUAAUUAAUAGAAUAAUUUAUAACAUGAAUCAUUAAUUGAAACUUAAAUUAAAAAAUAAUAGAGAUAAUGCACUAUUACAAUUUGGUGGGAUCCUUAAGAGUAAUAAAAAUAUGAACAUCUUUUUUAGUAAGAUAAAAUAAAGUAUAAAAUUAAUUGA